GAACGAACGAAUGAAUGAAUGAGCCAACUACCCCAUCCUUCCUCGGCCCCAGCCAGUCAGCCCCUGGGUUGAGAGUCCAGGCCACCCUCGCCCCACUCCGCAGACUGAAGGAGGCAUCUAGAGACCUGCCAGGGAUUUGACUGAGCGCCUGUUGUGUGCUUGGCUCGGCGCUGGGUGUUGCUGGGUGGUCCAACUUGAGCACGACAGACUGCCUGCCCCCGCAGAGCUGGCAGUUGCCAGCAAGAUAACAUUCAAGGACUUUAAUGGCUGGUCUGAGGCAUGAACACCCAGCUGCGUAGUUGCGUCCGGUAGCACAGCGUGGACUGGGAGUGUGCAUCCACACAUGGUUUGGCCCUGCAGUGACUGGAGCAGCCUGGGCCGCCACCAUGAUGAAGCUGUUGGUGGCCAAAAUCCUGUGCAUGGUGGGGGUAUUCUUCUUCAUGCUGCUUGGCUCCCUGCUGCCUGUGAAGAUCAUUGAGACUGAUUUUGAGAAGGCCCACCGCUCAAAGAAGAUUCUCUCACUCUGCAACACCUUUGGAGGCGGAGUCUUUCUGGCCACGUGCUUCAAUGCUUUACUGCCAGCUGUGAGGGAAAAGCUGCAGAAAGUCCUGAGCCUCGGACACAUCAGCACGGACUACCCGCUGGCGGAGACCAUUAUGAUGCUGGGCUUCUUCAUGACCGUCUUCCUGGAGCAGCUUGUCCUGACCUUCCGCAAGGAGAAGCCGUCCUUCAUCGACCUAGAGACCUUCAACGCCGGCUCAGACGCUGGCAGCGACUCAGAGUACGAGAGCCCCUUCAUGGGGGGCAGCCGGGGCCAUGGGCUCUACGUGGAGCCCCACACCCACAGCCACCACGGGCUGAGCGUCCAGGAGCUGUCUCGCUCCAGUCCCUUGCGGCUGCUCAGCCUGGUCUUUGCCCUGUCAGCCCACUCCAUUUUUGAGGGCCUGGCCCUGGGCCUGCAGGAGGAGGGGGAGAAGGUGGUGAGUUUGUUCGUGGGGGUAGCCAUCCACGAGACACUGGUGGCUGUGGCCCUGGGCAUCAGCAUGGCCAGGAGUGCGAUGCCCCUGAGGGACGCAGCCAAGCUGGCCAUCACCGUGAGCGCCAUGAUCCCCCUGGGCAUCAGCAUCGGUCUGGGCAUCGAGAGUGCGCAGGGUGUGCCCAGCAGCGUGGCUUCGGUGCUGCUGCAGGGCCUGGCAGGUGGCACCUUCCUUUUCGUCACCUUCUUUGAGAUCCUGGCCAAGGAGCUGGAGGAGAAGAGCGACCGGCUGCUCAAAGUCCUCUUCCUGGUGCUGGGCUACGCCAUCCUGGCCGCCAUGGUUUUCCUCAAGUGGUGACCAGCCUGUCGCCGGUGUGGCUACCCCAGCCCGCCCGCCAGACCCCGCCGGGAAUCCAGGCCAGAUCCAGGCCACAUCCCCACCUCUGUCUCCCUCCAGGGGGAGAGCUCAGGCCCCUGGUGCUGCCAGCACACAGAGGGCCGCCUCGGGACCAGGUUGCCCCCAGAACCUACACCCCAGCCUUGGAGCACUGCUACUACUUUUAAAAAUACUUAAAAGUAUUCACCAAAGCUGUGUGGCCAUGUCAACCUUGGGCAGUGGGGGCUGGCAUCUCCCUCGAGGUAGAACUGGACAUCUAAAUGGGGCUGGGGGUCGGAGACCCUCCCCUCACACCUCACCCAUGGACAAGGACAAGGACAGGAGCGAGCCCAGCUCCGCCUGGCCACUGAACCUGCUCGGAUCCAGGUCUCUGGCCUCUGCCCCUGACUGACCACUCACAGGUGCCGCCAGCACUGAGCUGCUUCUGUUCCCCACAGAACUGCUCUGAACCCUGCCCCUGAGUCCGUGCCUCCUGGAUACCACAGGAUCCCCCUCUU